UCUCACCAUGGAGGAGUCACUGCGGCCUGCGUCCUGCUUAGCUUUGGCCUCCAGGAAUCUCAUUCCUCAAUGAAGGAUACCACUGAGCACAGAGGGGGAACUUCAACACCUUUGUCCUCCUCACAAGUCCACUCGCCGAAUGUGCACUUUCUCGAAGCGAGGACAUGGCCAAGGUGUACAGACUCUCUAUAGGAAUAAUAACAGCUCUGGCCUUAUGCAAAUACUCCACGGCUGAUUGGAACGUCACCAUCGAGUCUGCCAAUCAAACGGAGGCCCCUUGUCGUCACCAUGGAAACGGAAACAAAUGCACAGCACCCACCUUAGAUACGGAAGAGUGGAAUGGGCAUUUUUCCAAAUGCCCGGAAGAACUCCACCACUACUGCAUCCACGGGGAGUGUCGCUAUAUCAAAGACCAGAAGACGCCCUCUUGCAGGUGUCAGCAUGGUUACGUUGGUUCCAGGUGUGAGUACAUAGACCUGGACUGGCAGAUAGGAGAGAGGCGGCAAUUAAUCAUCAUCUGCAUCAUUGCGGCACUCGUGCUCCUCAUCCUUCUCAUCUUGUUCGUCUUCAUCUGCUCACAUCGCAGGUGCAGAUUGUGCCGGAAGAAAGGACGACAGAGAGAGGAACCAAGGAAUGGGACCGAGAAGCUCCCUAUGAUGGAUACCAGUGGACAUACCUUGACACCAGACCCAGUGGAAACUCUACACAACAAUGACGUUUGAGAUGAGAGAGUGUCUGGGAACAUUUUGGGAUGUGGUCCUGAAGAUGCACAGGGACGAGAAAGCUUCAUAGACCUGCAGGCUGGUCAGGGAUGAAUCCUCCUGAGUCUGUCCAAGAUGGUUAUCAUGAGGAACAUAAAGUCGAAACACUGCCUGUGACCAGAAACAAGCUGGCGAUGCCUUGUUGGAUUCCACAAAAAGACAAGCUGGAUAUCACUCACCGGGUGUUGCCUGCAAGAUCCUUUUAUUCCACUGCUGAGGAGCGACAGGCGCCCGCAGCCUUUCAAGAGCUGCCAACUGCUGUGGGCUAAACAAAUAAAAUGUUGCUAUGAUGGAAAAAAGCUGCAGCACAGGUGGCAGAUGGUGAUAACGAUUGCUUGGGUUACACUCAUUAGAGUCGUGCAGAAGAUAGCAGACCACUGACUUCGUAAUGAACACAAAUACUUCAACAUGCAUCCAGUGUGUUUACAUCAACACUUACCAUCAGUUCAUCGUUGAUCUGUAAGACCUACACUUGUUCACCAUGUCCUCUACUAAGACAUCUUGGCAACCCAUAAGACUGAAUCACAAACCAUAAACCAAAGGGCAAACCCUAACCCGACUGCGUAACCUAACCCUAACCCUAAACAUUAAGGCUAACCGCAAUCGCUAACCCUAAACCAAAUUUGUGUACUGUGUUAUUUGCUGAAUGGUCUGCUUUAACCCUAACCCUAACCCUAACCCUAGUCUCUAAACGUUAAGGCUAACCCAAAUGACUGAACACUUCAGUCUAACCUUAACCCUAAUUGGUCUAUGAGAUAUUCAACUAUCUGCAGUCUAAUUUGUACUAUUUUGGUUGUUUCUGGCAAACAAGAACAUGUUCUUCCCUCACUCCAACCCUAAACCUCAAGAAGAACCCUGACCCUUACUGGGCUACUGUUUGGAUCCUCCAUUGAAUGUCCUCUCUUUUUUGGGAAUUUUGCCCAUCAUCCACAACCCUUUUGUGAAACAUGAACACACAUCUUUCCCUUUUCUGUGCAUUCUAAAGAGAGAAAAACAGCUUGCAUGAGGCAGCUAACAAUGCCGAUCCGAUACUGAUACUUUGCGCAAAUUUGAAAAAUGAGUGUGUUUCAAAUCAUAACAAAUGUAUUUUAAACAUACGGCAUACCAUUUGGACAAGGUCUGAAUCAUUUAGUUACUUUCCACUGUGUUCCUGUUAAUGAUAUGCAUGACCUCAAAUGACUGUAUAAAAGCCUAAAGGUCUGGUAUCGGAGGUAACAAUAUUUCAGUAUCAAGCCGCACAUCGCUACUACCGAGCGGUAACGUAAGCGAAUGGAGUUGCUGCAUCGCCGGUGAGUUUGAAUUGAAUUUACCAGCUCAACAGGGAGCACAAGUCUCGUGCUGAAAGACACAGCCAUCCCAGUGAGAGCAGGCAUUGUAUUGUAAGUGACUGUUUCAUUAUUUGGUCAAUGAAACUUUUAGCACUAGUGCUACAUGCUAACGCUGUGGGAAUGGCUUCGUGUUCCACUGUAGGUGGAUCUGCCUAGCACCUAGCAAUGUUAUUCUCUGCCUGGGGGGGAUUAAAAGUAAAAAGUUGCAGUCGUCUUGGUUAUCACGAAGUCUGCCGUGAUUAGUGAUAGCAAACGCUCUCUCCAUGUUGGUGUUGUUGAUGGAAGCAGCGUUUGUUGCUAUGUGCUCUGUGAAAUCAAUGCGCCCCGGAAGGAAGCCCCGGUAAUGCUUAAAAUGACCAAAAUACUGUAAAUAUUCCAUGUUAUCAUGAAUGUACCUGCUACUACAUGGUCACAGAGUGUAUAUAAAACGAUAAAACAUGGGUGUAGGUUUUUUAAGAGGGCUCUAUAGGCCAACUAGGUGAAUCCCAUUAUGUGCAUUGUUAGCUUCCUCGUGCUAGCAGUUUUUCUGUUUAGAAAGCCCAGAAAAGAGAAAGCCAUGUGUGUUCAUGUCUCACAUAAGGAUUGGCCUUUCAACCAAGCCUCAGAAUCUGAUGAUACUUUUCAGGCUUACAGUUCUUACGGUUUUCACUUACAUCUUAUCCAAUCAUAUCGCUACGCCCUUGUCCUCCAGAAUGUUCCAGAAGCAUUGCUUGUGUCUAUUUACGUUGUACACCGCAAGCUACGUUUUUGUUGGAGUGGUACAUGUAAAAGGGAGCAGUUUCAGAGUCCGAAGUUAAAGAAGUACAUACAAGGAGGACUUGUACCUAAGUGUAUAUUUGGACCCAAGCAGUGUCCGAGUGAAACAAACGAUCCAGUGUGGAGUGGGGAGAGACUGGCCCACUGUUUGCACGGUUCACUGAAUGUUUAAGAGCAAGGUUAGCGAAGUGGGCUCUCUUAUUUAAGUUUUCAUUAGUCUGCUGUUUGUAUUUAUAUGAAGUCUCACAAUAUCCACCAUAAAACAAAUGCAACGUUCA